AACUUCAAGCUUCAAACUUUCAAAUGCUGCUCGGCGUUCCCUUCACUGGACUGGACAAUCCACCGACUACGUCUGCUGAACUGGAAGCACUCUGUCAACCGGCAAACCUGUUCAGCGCGAAUGAUUCUGAACGAUGAGUGACUCCAUCAAGUGACGAUGCUGACCUGCGCGUGACAUUGCUGUCACAACGCAAGCACCGUUUAGCCCACGGCCACAACGCACAUUUGGAGUACUGUCAUUUCACAAUGGCAACCGUCCCAAACGAGCAUCUUGCAAGAGCAAUCUUUGGUGGCUCGGACUCCGAGUUGUCUGAUGAAGAGCAAGAUAAUCAGAGACAGCAACGCCGGAAAUCGCCUUCCCAGCGCAAAUACGACUAUGGGUCGUCUGCGGACUCGGAAGAUGAUGCUGAGGAAAAGAAGAAAGUCAUCAAAACCAAGAAACGAUCGAAGACGAAAGCUGAUGAGGAGAGACCCGCGCGCAAACGAAAGAGGAAACCGGAGCCCAUAGACCUCAAUGAUUUACCACCCGAGCAAGCCAGCAAAAUUCGACUGGAUAUGCAAAUCGAAGCUAUCUUGAAACCAAAGAAGAGCAACCGCUCCAAGAAACGAAAAGGCGAGGAAGCGCUGGAUAGUUUUGCGGACGACGAGGUGGCGCGGCUACGAGAGGCCAUGAUCAACGCUGCAGAAGAGGACAUGAAAGCUAACGAGGCUAAGCAACCCGCUCUAGCCAAGCUCAAAAUGCUGCCGGAAGCAAUGGAGACUCUUCGCAAAUUCUCUCUGGCUCAGUCCAUGAUCGACAACAACCUUCUAGGAGCCGUCCGAAAGUGGCUUGAACCUCUGCCUGAUCGUUCGCUGCCCGCUCUCAAUAUCCAGCGCGAAUUUUUCCCCCUCAUCAAGCGAAUGGAGUUCAUUGAUACCGCCGUCUUGAAAGAAUCGGGGCUAGCGCGAAUUGUGUUAUUCUACACGAAGUGCAAGCGCGUCACAUUCGAUAUUGCGCGGAUUGCGGAGGAACUGGUAUCGACCUGGUCUAGGCCCAUCAUCAAGCGUUCUGCUUCGUAUCGUGACCGAAUCAUUCCAACAGCUCAGCCGCUGGAUGUAGAUUCCUCUCAGCGCAAUGUCGAGCGACUCAACAGUAUCUUGGCAAAGGGACGACUGGCCGACAAAGAUCGUGUGCGGAAGAACGCUGUUUCGAUUCCUCGAAGCGAACUACCAAACUACACUGUUGCACCUAGCGCCAAUGCGGGCAUCAUGCGCAUGAACACCAGCGUCGAUAAUGACAUUGAACGGCGCAAGAGGAACGCUGAAAGGAUCAGAACUCUCACACGGAAGAUUUCUGCUAAAUAGGUGGAUACUCUUCUCGUGCUUAUCUCGAUUGUACACUGUAACCUUUCACGCUUGUUUCUCAAUCUCACAAAUUGGUUUGACAUUCUGCUAAAGCCGAUCAGCUACUCUAUACAGCGUGGAAUGUACGUAUGUAUUCAUGCUUUGCAUUGACAGUUCAAGGGGUCGGAAACAAGGGACAGCAGCAUCAGCACUGCUUUCAUGUUCCGCUCAAAGCCCCUAAGUAUCAAUGUUCCACACGGUCCAAUCGACCUUGUCCCCAUCCAAGCCCCCAUGUCUUGUCGUGGCCGUCGUACACCGACCUGCUUUUUCCUUGUUGCGGUAGUCGGGCUGACAUGGCUGGCUGUUGUGAGACUGGGACGAAAGCCUUUGCAUCCAUUCCGACCUGACGACUAUGGGGAAGUAACAGAGCAUAUUCCAUUGCCUCUCAACAUGGUCGAGGCAACUCCAACAUCCUCCCGUUCCCCACCUUCUCCUUCGCAGACGGGUGUCGUUGUCGAAGGGGUCAAAUACGACCCUCAGACAGCAGCAGUGGAGAUCGAGUCUCUUCUAUCAGAGACCGCUGCAAAAUCCAGUGCCCAUUACACGCAUAACAGUGCAGCCCUUCGGACAAUGGACAUCUGCCUACAAGAACAGGAGUGCAGGUCGAAUUCUAAAUGUAUGAGCUUUUCCGUCACUAGCGACGUCCACUCAUCAUCUCUAGUGAUCAUUUUUCUUGCCGAGGAUCUCAGUGUCUCUCGCUUCAGAGGACAUGAAUAUCUUGAGACCCGGUCCAUCCUACGUGCUCUUGAUGCGCUAGGCAUCAUCUACGUCUUCAGCCCCAACGAUGUGCAGUGGGCGCAACGAGUUUAUCGUCUCUUCCCUGACCAGGUCAAAGCCCUGGUCAUGGAUGCCAGAGAUAUCGAAGACUGUUUGAAGGAUCGCAUCAACUGUGUCCGGACUCCGAACAAUCUACCAGGCAUUCCUAUAUGGAAGAUGUUGCACUGGAACAAAAGGCACAUCAUCGAGCGUGCCAAUCCGCUCGGAGAACAAUGGUCUCUUUCUCUCGAUCGGGAUCCUAGCAACAACAAAACAUACGUCGGUUACAGCAUGGAAUCAAACUGUGCGAAGCAGCUUCCCCACUUCACGCCCGAAGAGCGCUUGAACCGUGUGUAUAUCCUGGCGACAUUGGAGACUUACUUUGCACCGCAUCACACGUCGUGGGAUCCCGAAUUCUUCGAGACGUUCGGUCGAUCCAGUGGCAUACCUUUUGUGGCUUCGCUGGAUCCUGUCGAGGGCCGCUUGAAGAACUAUCAUCAAGCAGAUGGGCUGCAUCUGGUGCCUUCCAAUCUGGUGGAGCUCGGCACACUAUCAUUCGUCCAGACCGUGGAAGAGAUGGCCCGAUCCAAGCUAAUGCUUGGACUGUGGGAUCCUCGAGAGGAGUCUAUAGUGCUCGAGAAUCUGUGCAUGGGUGUUCCAUUCUUGAACCCAGUCGGAAACUGGGAUCAUUCGAACCCUGAGGAUCGCACACAAUGGACAGUACAACACACAUCUCUCAUUGAUGCAAAUCCACCCUAUGUAUACCAUGUCUUUGCUGGCGACCGAACUGGAUUCGAGCGCGCAAUCAACGAUGCACUUAGUCAUCCAAUUGAAAGCUAUAUUCCACCGUGGAUGUCAGAAAGUGCUCUUGAGCAGAGACUGCUGAGAGAUAUCAUCCACCGGGACUGGAAGGCUGAGGCGCAAGCUAGGAUUUUAGCGGAUAAUAAUUUUGCCAUGGAUUCAUUGUUCGCUGAAACGGAAAAUAUAGGUAGAGUUGAUGAUGAGGCGGGAGUUGAUCCAUUAGAAGGCGAAGGUCUUUCUGAGGAUAAAUUGGCUCGCCUAGAGGCAAUUCUUGAGCGGACAACGAUGUACAGCGAGAUUCUCAAAAAGCAGAUGGACGAAGCACGCGUGGAGCACUUGUCCCACAUGCGCCGCAAACAGGCCGAGAAAGCGAAGGAGAAAAAUACCUCGCGUUCUUAUCCAAGGAAGAGGAGACGCACAGACGAAGCCGAGGAAGCGGUCGUGUCUGCAGAGGAGGAUGAGGACACCGGCGCUUUCCCACAACCAGCCCUUGUCACGGGCGCGACUCUGAAGGACUAUCAGCUCGAAGGACUGCAGUGGAUGGUCAGCUUGAACGCUCAAGGCAUCUCCGGAAUUCUAGCUGACGAGAUGGGCUUGGGGAAAACUCUGCAAACGAUUGCAUUCGCUGCACAUCUAAGGGAAUUGGGCACCACCCGUCCGUUCCUUGUCGUAUGCCCGCUGAGUGUGAUGCACAAUUGGGUUGAUGAAUUCAAGCGUUUUGCACCUAAAAUCCCCGUCCUCAUGUACCAUGGGACCCCUGUUGAACGCGCUGAGCUUCGUCGCACUGCCAUUCCAUUACCUGACGGAUGGGGAAACAAUGACUCCAAGGCCACCCCUGUUGCUUCAUCGUCGAAAGGGAAGAAGACUGCUGCCAGGGGUAAGGGUAAAGGCAAAGGCCGUGGCGCAGCUGCGAAAAAGCGGAAGAGAGGGGAUCGCGACGACGUCGAUGAACAGAAACUUUCCGAGGAACCUGAGCAGGAUCCAGAGGAGGCCGCUAUCGACGCCCACUUCAGAGCGUUUCCUGUUGUGAUCACCACAUACGAGCUGAUCAUGAAGGAUCGAUCGUCGUUGAGUGCCUAUCCAUGGGGGUAUAUUGUCGUUGAUGAAGGUCAUCGUUUGAAGAAUAUGCAUUGUGCUCUCAUCCGCGAGGUGAAGAAGUAUGAAAGUGCUGGACGAAUGAUAUUAACGGGCACGCCGUUGCAUAACAAUCUCGCCGAACUGUGGUCUCUUCUCAAUUUCAUCUUGCCAGACAUCUUUGACGACGUGGACUCGUUCCAAGAAUGGUUCUCUCCCAAUUUGUCGUCCGGCAUGCCCUCUGAGCGGAUGGGCGCUUUCAUUGUGAAACUGCAUGCCAUUUUGAAGCCCUUCCUCUUACGACGAGUGAAAGCCGAUGUUCUGGGCUCUGCUCUGCCUCCGAAGAAGUCGUAUGUGUUGUACGCGAAGAUGAGCAAGCUGCAACACGAAGCUUAUGAGGCCAUCGUCAGUGGAAAUGUACGGGCAUGGGUAACGGGGUCUACGAAGACCGUAGAACCGGCAAGCGUUGAGACGGAGAACGAGGAAGUCGGUCUCAGAACGAGGCAAGCUAAAGCUCGAGCGAGGCCCGACGGUCAAGAUGAUCUGGAGGAAGCCGAACGCCGGCGAGUCGCUGAUGAGUUUGCCAGGCGUGGAAUCGCGAAGCAGUUGAGCAGCAUGAACCUCCAGAAUAAGAUCAUGCAACUCCGUAAAGUGUGCUCACACCCGUUCUUAUUUUCGCGACCGGAUGACGAAAUCUGGACCCUGGGUCGUUCAGCACCUACGCAAGCUGAAAUCGCUGCUCGCGAAGCAGAGCUGGUCGGCGGAAGUGGCAAGAUGCUACUUCUUGAUCGACUUCUCGUUGAACUGUUCCGUCGGGGCCAUAAAGUAUUACUUUUUAGCCAAUUCACGACGAUGCUUGAUAUUAUAGAGGACUGGGCCGUAGAUAUGAAGGGUUGGACGAUAUGCCGGAUAGAUGGAUCCACACCUCCUCUAGAACGUCGAGAGCAGAUGAAUCUCUUUCAAUCAGCUGGUGACAGACCUGAUGCGCCUCGGCUGUUUCUGCUCAGCACCCGAUCCGGUGGAUUGGGUGUCAAUUUGACCGCUGCAGAUACUGUCAUCUUCUACGACCAAGAUUGGAACCCUCAAAUGGACGCUCAGGCCCAGGACCGGGCGCAUAGGAUCGGACAAACAAGACCAGUGCUGAUCUUCCGGCUCGUGACUGCACACAGCAUCGAGGAGAAGAUCAUGGAGAAGGCUACUGAGAAGCGGAAACUAGAGGCUCUGGUGAUUGCCAGAGGCAAAUUCAAGCGGCCGACUGGAGCAGAUGGAAGGCGGACGACCACAGCUGAAAUGGCAGCCGAUCUGCUUCGUCUUGAGCGAGAGGACGAUGUGUUGCCAUCGACUCUCCGUAGCGGGAAGGGCAACACGGCAAUUCUGAGCGAUGAAGAUCUUGAGGCCUUGCUGGACCGCUCACCCGAAGUGUUUGUAGAUCGUGGAUCGGGCUGGACAGCGGGACAAGGCAGGACUGCUUUUGCUGUGUUUGAUGGCCCAGCAGCAGAUGAUCCUGGAGCUUUAGCUGGAAUGAUGGCGGAGGAACCCGAAGAGGCCUGACAUAGACAAAGCAUUUGCUACUUGCUGAAAUAAUAUCACCAAUUGGUUCUGUACUCGGAACUGAGAACUUGUCACUGAUCAAUGAUCAAUGGAUCACUCAUCAGUUUGCCGAAAACGACAAUGUCUACUGUAGAACUGCAGCCCUCAAAGCUUGGCACCAAGGAGCAUUGGGAUCAAGUCUAUGAAACAGAGCUGACCAACUUCCACGAUCAUGGAGAUGAAGGAGAGAUCUGGUUUGGUGUUCAGAGCGUCGAAAAAAUGGUUCAAUGGGCCUUGGAAUAUGUCCCCCCAACACAAAACGCGUCAGUCCUUGAGGUGGGCAGCGGGAACGGAACGCUGCUGUUCGCUAUGAUCGAGGCAGGAUACAACGGGUCAAAUCUAUGUGGUAUUGAUUACAGUGCUGGGGCAGUGGAUCUGGCGCGUGCAGUUGCAUCUGCAACAGAUGGAGGAGAGACCGUGACGUUUGCGGAGUGCGAUUUCCUGGUUGAUGACCCGCCGCCACUGCGAGAGCAAGGCUGGGACUUGAUACUCGACAAGGGGACCUACGACGCGAUUGCGCUGAGCGAGAAAGAUAUGGAUGGGAAUGCUCCCAUUGCGCGUUAUCCUGCGCGAGUCGCGCAUCUAAUCAGAUCCGGGGGAAGUUUCUUGAUUACCUCUUGCAACUUCACUGAGCAGGAGCUCCGGGCCAAUUUUGAAACGCCUGAGACCGGUUUUGUGUAUCACUCUCGGAUACAACACCGGACGUUUACAUUUGGAGGUCAAAGCGGCAGUUCAACGUCGAGUGUAGCAUUUGUAAAAUCUUAACCUUUUCACUGGCAUCCGAGUUGGUCCAGUUAUUUUUGCUUGGGAUGAAUGGACCCAUAUGAUUGUCUGCUUCUUGCAGGAGCUUUUUCGGCAUCACGCUUCGAUUGUAUUGGCGGCAGUGCCCAUCUAUCAGUGUGGUUGGUAACGCGAUCAUCCAUCAACGAUCAGCAAUCGCGGGGGCCCGGGACUGCUGACGAGUCCAGACAGUGUCUUGUCCCAGACCCUUCCGUCCAUUCACCGACUAACGAUCCCUGGUCGGGGCCUCAAUCCUUGCCAGGCGCAAGGUCCUUUUUCAUUUCCUCUUCGGCCUAGCCCGACCUUUUGAUCAUGAAUCCGAGUACUAUGGCUUCAACAUCUGGUUCCAGUUCUCCGUCCGGCUCUUCGUCCAGCUCUCCUAGCGAUUCGGAAAUCAGGCCUCAGGCGGGCCCUUUGCCAACCAAACAGGGCGAAAUAGGAUGGUCGGAGGUGGCACUCACAGAGGCGGAGGAGGGACGGCGUAAUUCCAGCGAUGGUGCACCGGCCACAACCUUGCUUGUGCCUCAUCCCGAAGAGAGAUCUUCCAGUGACAGUGCGAACGGGAGCGUCGAGUCUUCUGCACCCGCCGUGCCCGCGACUGCUGCUAGUGCAUCGACUGCCUCUCUUGCCACCACCGCGACCACUCCCAACUCCAUCACGAAGCGGAAGAGACUGUUGGGAUUUUUGAAGCCCAAGAAAGUCCCUGCGUUCUGGGGCUUCCGCCUUACUACCCUUCUCGCUUUCUUUGCUCAGCUUUUGCUUGUUGCGGGGAUGAUUGUUGCUUGGUACUUCACUGUCACGCGUGUCGGGCACUCCAACUCCAACUCUAGCCCCAACCCGAACCCCAACCCCGGUUUCAAUGGCCCCCAGACCCAAAAUCAAAACCAGGACAGUCAACCUGUGCUUGGAAAUGGGUCCUCGGCUAUCUUCAUCCACGUCGUCUUCGGUGUGGCGGUACUCGUGCAGCUGCUGUUCAUCGAGCGUCGAGUUUUCCGUCUGCGAGCAGAGCGAUACAGUUACCUGCACCCCGGAGAGAUGCUUCCGAGUGCGCGGCGGCGGGCGAUGACUGAUCCGUCUAUUGGUCUCUCGCCCUGGAACCGCCCUCCCUUGCCUACAUAUGCAGCUGCGCUCGCGCAAAGCGGUGCCGGAACAGGCGAUGCCGAAGAUCAUCUGAUCGCAGUUGCACCUCCACCGGCCUAUGGUAACACCCGCGGCAGCACAUUCCUCCUGUCCGGCUUCCUCAGCGACAAUCUACGGGCACAACGGCCUGUUUCCCAGAUCACCGAAGCUAGCCGGCGCGGAUCCGCUUUGUCGGCGCGGUCGAUGACAGAACAGCGCCGGUCACGACCUGUCAGCUACAAAACCGUCGACGGCGACUGGGAGGAAGCACAGGAUGCUUCGCGAGCUCGGAUCCUCGAAGACACUUUGACCACGCUCGAACGCCCUUCCCCGGCUGUCGUCCGGUAGAGUUGGAAAGACAUUGUUCUCGAGAAUGACGAGCCUGUUGUACGUAAUACUGGACAGUACUCUGCGUUCAUACCCGUAUCAAUAGUUAUUGUACAUCUUGUCGAUAACGGCCACUCUUUGUGCCCUUUUGUCAUCUUUCAGUCACAGACGGAAGGCGAAGUGUGACAGUUUCUGAUCGUCAGUCAGUGAAUGAAGAACUGACUAUCGCUG